GGCGUUGUUUGUUUGUUUUGUUUUCCAAAAUGCAACAUUUUCGAAUGAUUAAAGUCAUUAUUAUUGCAUAUUGUAAGUCAUAAAUUAGAUUAAAUAAGUUGUUCUCCUCGGUGUUUAAUUCUAUUAAAGUAAUAAAUAAUGGCAAAGAAAGUUGAUCACAUGGAUUUGACCCAAGACGAUUCAAUUCCACUUGAUGAUGAUGAAGGCCUAACUGCUGUAAACAUGCCCGGCACAUCUAGAGCCCAGAAGACCAGGGGCAGGGGAAAAAGAAGGAGUGUUGGGAGUAUGGAAAAUACUGAGAAUAAGAAAACAAAAGCCAGUAAGCAGUCUUUGAAAGAAAAGCAAGCAGCAGAAAAAUUAGCAAAGAAAGCUGCAAAUGAAAUGAACAAGAUUUACAAGCCUGGAGAGUGUAUGAAGCAUAUGAACAUAGAGAUCCAUCCAACCCUCGCUGCCGAAUGGUACAUGGCCAAUGUACAGACUGAGGCAGCAGCGGCGGGCGCGCGUAUUGUUCCUGCCCCCGACCUAUUCCAUCCUGGACUUGUGGUGUGGACGCGGACUGUGCCACCGACGCUGUGCGACACGGGGGGAAAUCUAGCGCUAUCAUCCAACAAGGAGGCGUGCGCGCGCGCGCUUUACGUCAUCACAGCGGACGACAUACACGAGCACGUGUCGGGGAAGACGCUCUCGCGACACGUCGGACAGCUGAGGGAGAUGGUGGACAGGGAACUGACGCUGGUCGUGUUCGGGGCUAAGGACUUCUUCAAAAAAUCAGGACGCCAAACUGUAAAUAGCAGGAAAAUGACUGAACUGGAAUUAGAAAUGGCCAUAACAGAUUUGUUGGUGACCGCGAGCUGCGACACUGUGAUGGUAGAAACGCCAAGUGAACUUGCGUUGCUUAUUGUUCAAUUCACGAAGGCCAUCGCCGAGGCGCCACAUAAGAACGCUAAGAAGUCGUGGGAUGAACAGGCAGAGUUCUACAUGAGAGGCGACAAGAAAAACAGCGUCACCGUGGACAAAGAUGGUAACGGCUUAGCGCGGCUGUGGCAGCAGAUCAUCGCAGUCCUGCCGAAUUCGAGCUUGGAGACUUCUCGGUCGCUGUGUGAGGAAUUUAAAUCGCCUCUCGCUUUGUAUGAGGUAAGCGAAUAA